AUGACUCACUGUCAAUCUCAUUGCAGUCCAGUGCUUAAAAAUUAUCAGCCAGUCCUCUCGCUGAUUUUUGCCAUUCGUGAGAUCAAUAAGAACCCCAAACUCUUGUCUAAUGUUUCUCUGGGUUUCAACAUCUAUGACAACCUGUUUGAUGCACGCAGCACAUAUGAGAGCUUGCUGGACCUACUGUUCACACAACAAAUGAAUGGAAUUAAUAAUAAUAAUAUGAAUGAGGAUGUGUUGUCUGUCAUUGGAGGUCUCACUGUAGAAGAUGCCAACCAACUGGCAACCAUCUUGGAUCAAUACAAGAUUCCUCAGCUCACUUAUGGUGCAUAUGACACAACACUCAAGGGUAAAACUAAUUUCCCUUCCCUCUACCGGAUGACUCCAAGUGAAACCAUUCAGCCCAAUGCAAUUGUCCAGCUGCUCCUACAUUUCAAAUGGACAUGGGUUGGCCUCUUUGUUUCAGAUGAUGAUGACGGAGAAACAUUUUUGCAGAUGUUAACACCUCUACUUGCCCACAAUGGCAUUUGUGUUGCCUUCUCACACAGGGUAGAAAACCUAAAACGUGAUUCAGAAAAAGACGUGUCAAAAAUAGGGUUGCUACUUUUAAGAGAUGUCAAUGUGCUUGUUGUCAGUGGAAAUUCCCGCUCUCUUUGGAAUUUAAUAACCAAAAUAGAGCAUGCUGAGUUCUUCAAGACUGACAACUUUGCAAAAGUUUGGAUUAUAACUGCUCGGUGGGAUUUCACCCAACAACGUUUCUUCAGAUUUCCUACAGCUACUUUCAGUGGCACCUUGUAUUUCUCAGCCCACAGAGAUCCAGUGCCAGAAUUCCAUGAUUUUCUCAAGAACAUAAAGCCUGAUCCAUCACUGAUGCACUUCCUUUGUAUAUUCUGGCGAUUUCUAUUUACCUGUACUUUUCCCAAUGAAAACUUUGCACAUUGUGAAUAUGGGAAAAGGUGUACAGGAAAGGAGGAACUGGAAACAGCAUCUGUGAUUAUGUUUGAAAUAGAUAUGACUGGGGAGAGCUAUAGUGUCUACAAUGCUGUCUACGCUAUAGCACAUGCUUUACAUUCCAUUCAUGGGUCAAGACAAAGAACAAGGCUGCAAGGAGGCACAACAAAUGUUCAGCCAUGGCAGCUCCAUGCUGCCCUGAAAAGCAUCUGCUUCAAUAAUGGUGCUGGACAUGAAAUCUUGAUUGAAAAUGGAGAGGUUUCAUCUGGUUACUAUGAUAUCUUCAACUGGUUUGUUUUCCCCAAUCACUCUGCUCUGAGAGUUCAGGUGGGGGGAAAAUCAGCAAGUCAAAAACUCAAAAUUAUGGAGGAUGCCAUUUUGUGGAACAAACGAUUCCAACAGGUACCACCACAGUCGAAGUGUGUCGAGGGCUGCCAUCAGGGACACAGCAAGAUAGUUCGGAAGGGGGAGCCACCUUGCUGUUAUGAUUGUGCUCUGUGUCCAGAAGACAUGAUAGCCAAUGAGACAGAUGCAGAUAAGUGUGUCCAGUGCCAAGAAGAUCAAUAUUCCAAUAUGAACAAAAAUGAAUGUAUUUACAAGUCUAUCACCUUCCUAACCUAUGAGGAGCCCUUGGGGAUUGUUUUAAUUUUCAUAGCUCUUUCCUUUGCUAUAGUCACAGGUAUGGUGAUAUACACCUUUAUGAAGAACUGGAAUACUCCCAUUGUCAAAGCCAACAACCAGAACAUUACCAUCACUCUUCUCAUCUCCAUCCUGCUUUGCUUCCUUUCUUGCUUGCUCUUCAUUGGCAAACCUGGGAAGGUGACUUGCCUUCUACGGCAAACAGCCUUUGGCAUUGUGUUCUCGGUUGCAGUUUCUUCUGUGCUGGCAAAGACCAUCAUUGUGAUCCUGGCCUUUCUGGCCACAAAGCCAGGCAACACAAUGAGGAAAUGGCUAGGGCAGAAGGUGGCAAAUGCUGUUGUUCUCUCCUGCUCCCUCAUCCAAGUAGGCAUUUGUACUGCUUGGCUGUCAGUCUCUCCUCCAUUCCCAGAUCAUGACACGCACUCUCUGUCUCGAUACGUCAUCGUUGAAUGCAAUGAAGGUUCAAUCACCAUGUUCUACUGUGUCCUUGGCUACCUGGGCUUUUUGGCCAUCAUCAGCUUCACUGUCGCUUUCCUCGCCAGAAAGCUGCCUGAUUCUUUCAACGAAGCCAAGUUCAUCACGUUCAGUAUGUUGGUGUUUUGCAGUGUCUGGGUCUCCUUUAUUCCAGGUUAUCUGAGCACGAAAGGGAAAUACAUUGUGGCAGUGGAGGUGUUUGCCAUCUUGGCUUCCAGCACCGGCCUCUUGGCUUGCAUUUUCUUCCCCAAAUGCUAUAUCAUUGUUCUAAGACCUGAUCUAAACACCAGGAAGCAACUAACAGGAAAAGGGAAUUGA